AUGAUAAUACACAGGUCAAUCAAUGUUGAAGAGGCAGUCUUACAUUUACCAGGUGUUGACAUUGGAACUUGUUUGACAGUGAAUGAUCCAUGUUCAUCAGAUAAUGAACCUUUGGAGAUCAUUGUUGUCAAUGAUCAUUUAAUCACAAACAAAGACAAUAAUAAUAAUAAUACUUGCUUUAUUGGUAUCAAGAGUGGAAAGGAAAGAGUAGUAUCUGUAUCAUAUUCGAUCAAGACCGAAAAGCCAUACCAACUCAACUAUCAAAUCAACUCGGAUGGAUUGGAUGCAUUGUUUGUGUUGAGUCGCCAAAGUGAUCACAGACAAGCUUUGAAGUCUACCGACCGUCAUCACUAUACACUCCAGUCAUCGGUCAUCUGGGAGAAUGUCAUUGGUCUCGGCUUUGAAGAAGUAGAGACAGAGUUCUGCUUCAUAUCCAAUGAUGGAUCGAUCCAACAAGUACUCUCGGCGGUCAUCACUUGUGAGCCAAGCGCAAUCAUCAAACUUCAGGACAAUAGGGAACUGCAACUUGGUGAGGCGCAGCCAGUGGAGGUGGUGCAGUCACUAGAGAACAAUGUCAAAUGUACCAAGUAUGUUGGAGUCGUGAUCAACACAAACAGGAGACUGGCACCUUUGGCCAAGGGUGUACUGUCAUCAGAUCAGAGCGUAUUGUUUGAUGUCAUAUCGAGUACGACAACAGAGUAUGGAUCAUUCAGUAGUGUAUUGAUGAGCAAUGUACCUUCACUAUCAAACUACGACCUGAUUGCCACUCCAAAGAGCAAUGAACCAGUUGUCACUGGAUUUCUCAAGUUGGAUGCCUACCAGUACUCUGCCAUCAUUCAAAAGAGUAACAAGGUACACUACAAGCUAGUGGAUAUGACCUUGAACAAGGACAGCAGGAACAACAACAACAAUGUCGAUCGCAUCAUCAUAUUCAAAGAUUGUAAUCAGAAUGGAGGUGAUGGAGAACUGGUUCAAGACAAACCAGAAACCAAGCAUCAUAUUAGAGGAAGACCCAAAGGAAGUGGCAAGGUUGGAGGUAAGGGAGUGUUGUCAAUCAUCAAGUUGGACCAAACGACACAUAUGAUCAAGCUUGGUGGUCUACCCGUAUUGGACUAUUCAUUCCAAUUGAUCAACUGUGUACAGACAUCCACAGUUGACAUACUCAACUUUGAGACAUUCAGUGCAUUCAUCAAGUAUGGUCGCAUUGCAUUUGAAACAUCAAUCAAAUGGGAUCAAAUAUCAUACAAGGAGGAGGAAAUAUUCUCCAAGUUGAAGCGUGCCACUGUAAGUUAG